AUGGCUUUGAAGAGCAUAAACAUAAGCGGAAACUUCGACUGGUGCCCCUUUGAGGAGCAUAAAAACUAUUUGAUAUGCUUUAAUUCGCAUAAUUUGCUAUACUCGAAUAACAAUAAUUUGAACAAUUAUAUAUAUUUACUAGACAUAAACCUGAACAAUGAUAUUCGAAAUUUGGAGAUUGUAAGUAAAUUAAAUUUCGAGGAGGCGUUAAAUAGAGAGAGUGAAGGUGGGAAAAACUCAAACGGCAAUGAAUAUAUAACAUGCUUCGAAUGGAUAAAUAGUAGCAAUUUUGUGGAAACAGAGAAUGAGGAUGAAUUAAGUAAAGGGAUAAUAGUAGGUGGGUUGACAAAUGGUGAUAUAGUACUGUUAAACGCUCAAAAUUUGUUUGAAGGAAAUAAUAAAAAUUAUGAAAAUUUUAUAUUAAGUAAAGUAAAUGUACAUGAAAAUUCAGUAAAUUGUUUAGAAUUUAAUAGGCAUAAGAAUCAUUUAAUAGCAACAGGUGGUAAUGAUGGACAAUUAUUCAUUACUGAUAUUGAAAAUAUUUAUUCUCCUACUUCGUACGAUCCAUAUUUAGAUAAAAAUAAUUUACAGAAAAUAACUUGCCUGAACUGGAAUAAAAAAGUAUCUCAUAUUUUGGCUACUUCAUCAAAUAAUGGAAAUACAAUUAUAUGGGAUUUAAAAAUAAAAAAGUCUGCAGUUAGUUUUAGAGAUCCACAUAAUAGAACAAAAACAUCUUCAUUAUGUUGGCUAGCUAAUCAGCCUACUCAAAUUUUAGUGUCAUAUGAUGAUGAUAAAAAUCCAUGUUUACAACUUUGGGAUUUAAGAAAUUCUAAUUAUCCAAUUAAAGAAAUAAUAGGACAUUCAAAAGGAAUUAAUAACAUAUGUUUUAGUAGCAUUGAUACAAAUUUAUUGUUAUCCUCAGGUAAGGACAUAACUAAAUGUUGGUAUUUGAAUAAUAAUAAUUUUGAUAUAUUUAAUGAAGUUAACAAUUCAGCUAAUAAUAUUUACUCCAAGUGGUCCCCAUUUAUUCCAGAUAUGUUUGCAUCAGUUACGAAUAUGGAUACAAUACAAAUUAAUUCCAUAAAUAAUGGAAAUAAAAUGACAAGUAAGUAUAUCCCAAAUUUUUAUAAAAAAGACGCAGGUAUUUGUUUUGGCUUUGGGGGAAAAAUCUGCUGCUUUGAUAAUAAUAGUAUUGAUGUUAUGUCAGCCGUGUUACCUGAUCAUUCAAGUUCUUCAAAUCUAUCUGCACAAAGCUAUGUAAAUAAAAAUAUUCCAAAUAGUAAUGAAGAUAACGAUGGGACAGCAAUAAACAGUAAGGGGAAAAACAACCUGCUGGAAAAUAAAUAUGUAAUUAAAUGUCAUAUAUAUCCUACAGAAAUGGAGCUAAUAGAAGAGGCAGAUAAAUUUGAAAAGUAUAUUACUAGUGGUAAUUACAAUGAAUUCUGUGCAUGCAAAAUUGCCAAGAGUGAAGAUGACCAUGAAAAGUUAACGUGGAAAGUAUUGCAGUUGUUAUGUACAUCACAAAGAUCCGACAUUGUUAAGCAGUUGGGAUAUGAUAUGAAUGAAAUUCUUCAGAAAAUUAAAGAAAGUAUAGGAAAGCAACCAGGUUUUAUUUUUAAAACACUGGUGGAGGAAAAAAAUAAUGACAAUUUGGCAAAUAAUAAUAUGGCGUCAACUAGUAAUUUGGGAGCAGAUAAUAAUGAUAGCAGAAAUGCGAUGAUAGGAAGCAUGAACAUGAACGGCAUGGACAUGAUCGGUAUGAACAAUAAUGACCCGACUCUUUCGUCCUCACCUUUAGGUGACAACCAGCAAAAUUUUAAUAAUGAAUCUUUUGAUGUAGAUCCCGAAAAAUUUUUUAGGGAACUGGGGGAGAAGACAGAAAAUGAAAAAUUAAAAGAAACGACAAUGGGUAUAGAAAAUAGAAAUAAUUCCGAAAAGGUAAGAGAUAAGGAAAGAGUAGAUGAUGAAGAUAGUGAUGAAACUAAGGUUAAAGAGAUGAAUGAUGAAUUUUCAAAUGAAAAAAGAGCAAGUAUAAAUAGUAAUAUGAGCAAUGUUAAUAACUGGAGUUCUGGAAUAGAAUCUAUAAUAAAAGAAUGUGUAUUGGUAGGAAAUAUUGAAACAGCUGUAGAAUUAUGUUUGCACAAGAACAGGAUGGCAGAUGCUUUAUUAUUAUCUUCAUUUGGUGGAGAACAGUUAUGGUAUAAAACAAAAACAAUAUAUAUUAACAAACAGAAUGAUAAUUUUUUAAGAAAUAUUAAUUACAUUUUAGAUGAUAAAUUAGAUCAUCUAGUUAAAAAAAUAGAUUUAUCAUCAUGGGGAGAAGCCUUAUCUAUUCUAUGUACCUAUGCGAUUAAUAAUUCAAAUUUUAAUGCAUUAUGUGAAACGUUAGCUAAAAGAUUACAAAACGAAAAAUUUGAUAUCAGAGCAGCAUCUAUUUGUUAUUUAUGUGCAUGCAAUUUUUCUGAAACAGUGGAGAUAUGGAAUAAUAUGCCAUCAACAAAAACCUCUUUGUUGAAUGUAUUACAAGAUCUUGUAGAAAAAAUGACUGUAUUAAAAAUGGUUAUAAAGUAUGAUCAGUAUAAUCCUAUAAUGAAUCAGAAAAUUAAUCAAUAUGCUGAAUUGUUAGCAAAUUCUGGAAGAGUAAAAGCAGCAAUGACUUUUCUUUGUUUAAUACAGGAUGAUCAUUCUAUGGAUAGUCUUAUACUACGAGAUAGAAUUUUUAAUAGUGCUACCCAUAUACUAUCACAACAGGUAAAACCUCCUAUAUGCCCUUUUCAAGUUGUUCAUGUAAAACCGUCUGGAAUAAUGCACCAAACGCAACAGCAGUACCAUCAGGGACAACCCUACAAAUCAACGGGCAUAUUAAUGGGUAGCAACGUAAUAUCCUCCAAUCAAUCAAAUUUGGGUUCUAGUAAAAACCUGGGGGGCCCAGCUAUGUCUUCCCCAAUGUCAAUGCAGAAGCAGCAGAAGCAUCCCCACCAACCGCUUCAAUCACUUCAACCACAUCUGCAGCAGAAACAUGUACCGCCUCCUCCUCCCUCCACUCAUUUGGGUUAUGGUCAGAUGAUACCACCUAACAAGUUUAACGCACCCGUUGUAAGUGGUUCAUCUAUUAAUAUAUCAUCCUCCUUUUCAGCGACAACAAAUAAAAAUUUUCCUCCAUCAAACCCCAAUACUGCAAAAACUCUGAUAGGUACUAUGCCUCCAUCAUAUAUGUCCACUGCUAGUAUUCCUUCUCUUACAGCUCCAGUUGGUGCUUUCUCACCAUCCUAUGGAUCAGUACCAAAUUUUUCAAAUUUGAAUACUACUCAAAAUAUUAUGAAAUCUGAACAAGACAAGCAACAACAGCUUACACCUAUGUUUACAACACAGUCGUAUGCAAAUAUAAAUAAUAAAGCAGUACCAAAUGCCAAUGUUAUAUCUCCUCCGAAUGUUACUUCACAUGUAACACCACCUAUGAACACAAAUCAUAUAAACAACAGAUCGAACUUUUCAAGUAAUCAGAAUAUUGCAACAUCCAAUCCAUUAAAUAGAGGCACAACAGUCCCUUCAAGUGCAAAUUUAAUGCAAACAAAUAAUAUGAUACAUCCCCCGGAUCAGUUUGUGAAAAGGGAGGAGUGCAUAGAUCAAUCUAUGUAUGGAGUUGUAAAUGCUCCUUCCAUGCCAUCUAUGAGUAAUUUACAGACAAAAAAUUUUCCGGGAUCAUUCCAGGAUGGUAUCAGCAGCGUUGGGUUCAGCCCUCAGUCCGUGAACCCCCCCGCGUCUGGCGCCAACACGACCUCUCCAAUUGCGGGAGCCCUGACGGUGACCCCGGGAAUGCCUGUCCCAUGGCCUAUACCCACGACCACUCAGCAACUCGGGUCAACAACCCAGUCAACGGCAAAUGAAAACAAAAAAAUACAGACAGCCACAAAAGAACAAAAUGGAGUAUUAAUGAGUAGAGGAAAUAUUGAAAAUAUCAAGAAAACUAUUAGUACCUUGUUAAAUGCGUACACCGCCCAAGAGUCUAUUAAAAAGAAGGCAGAAGACGUUUCGGUGAAGGUGCAUGAUCUUUUUGAAAAGUUGGACAACGGGGCUUUUAACGAACAGAUAAAUGAAAACAUAAUAAAUUUAGUUAAUUGUUUAAAUGCUAAUGAUUUUAAAACAACUAACAGGAUAAUAGUGGACCUCAGUCGCAAUCUAUGGGAUGGCAGCAAUAAAGCAUGGAUUAUGGGAUUGAAGUGCAUCAUCCCAAAGUGA